ACCAACUGUUUUCCAGCGUAUACUUUGAUUGAAGACACCAUCUGAAGAACGGCGUUGCAAGCUAAUAUGAGAGAGGAAGAGCCGCAAACAAAAUAGCUUAGAUCACUCUGAGCCGUCUCCAUUGUUAAGAACCCAUAGAUUGUAGAAUUCGGUCGUCGAAUUUAUCUGCCCGGCGGGCGGGUGGCGUGAGUUGGGCCUAAAACUCAGCUAGACGCGAAAGGCCAUUCUUGGAAAACAUGAACCUGCUUGCGUUUCUGGCGAUCGUCGUCUCCUGCUCUACGGUGCUAACUUACGCUCGGAGGCACUUCGAGAAGACGCAGCCCACUGGAAACCCAAAUGGAGUAGGAGGGGACGGAGGAGAAGGAGGAGGAGCACCUGCUGCUGAGGAGCCGGAUGACUUCGAGGGACAGUUCACGCCGUCGAUGAGAAAGUUUCAGCGCCAGGUGCUGAGAGUUACAAACCAGUUCAGGCGUCGGCACGGAGUUCCUAUCUUGAAACAGGAUGCCCGGAUGAAUCGCUACGCUCAAUCAUGGGCUCUGGUGUUGGCAUUGAAGGACGAAUUGCAACUCAGGACCAAGCCAAAGUACGGUGAAAACACGUACAAGUGGUGGAGCACGGACAUGAAGGCGCCGAUAACGGGUAACGUGCACGUACUUGCAAUGCGGCUUGUCUCGCGGCGUGUCUAUGUCGAGGUUUUGUUUGAACAGCACUGCAAUAAGGCGCCGCAAUGUGCUGCUAAAAAGUACGACCUCGGAAAAGUGCCCGUGACGGACUGGUACAAUGAGAUAAAGAAGUACAACUUCUCUGAUCCCGGCUUCAGGUCCGACAUCGGCCACUUCACUCAGCUCGUUUGGAGGGGCAGUCGGCGUCUGGGCACCGGCAUAGCCCGCAGCCGGAAGGGAAACUAUUACAUCGUGUGCGAGUACGAGCCUCGAGGAAACAUUCUGGGUCAGUUCGGUCAUCAAGUCCGGCGGCGGUUGCGCCGCGGUGGCGCCGGUAGUGACGAAGAAGGCGGUGAAGGCAGCGAAGAAGGUGGCCGCAAAAGGCGACGUAGGCGAAGAAGGAAGCAUGACGACGAGGAAGAAGACGACGACUACUACGUCAGCGCGCUCGCCGAACGGUGGUGUAGACGAGAACUAAACUCCGUCGGGGUCGGCGAGAGCGUCGGGGUGCUAGACAUGAGGCUGCUAGUGGCCGCUUUCGCGGUCGUCAUCGUCGUGGCCUCCGUGCCGUCGUCAUGCUUCGUCUUCACUCCCGAUAUGUUGACGAAGUUCAAAUUUGGGGGACCAAACGGCCAACAAGGGAUAGAGGAAUUGAAGAAGUUCCUGAGCGGAAUGGGUGGAGGCGGCAGAAUAAUCACGGGUGGCGGAAUGGGCGGUCAUCGUGGAGGUGGCGGUGGAAGUCCUGACGAGCCGGUGGACUUCGAAGGGGUCUUCACGCGGUCCAUGCGGAAGCUGCAACGACAGGUGCUGAGGAAUACCAACCGCUACAGACGCUUGCACGGCGUUCACACCUUGGCGGAGGACGAGCAGCUGAAUCGCUACGCGCAAGCCUGGGCCUUACAGAUGGCGCAGAUGGACAGCAUGCAACACAGGAGGAGGCCGUUACACGGAGAGAACCUCUUCAUGUGGUGGAGCAGCGACCUGCGCGCUCCAAUCACCGGACGUAUGGCUGUCAAGGCCUGGUACGAUGAGAUCAAACAGUACGAUUACAACAACCCGGGUUUCCGUUCCGGCACGGGCCACUUCACCCAGCUCGUGUGGAAGGACUGUCGUCGAUUAGGCACGGGCGUGGCUCGCGGCAGGAAGGGAACCAUUUACAUAGUGUCCGUUUACGAGCCGCGAGGCAACAUCAUGGGCCAGUUCGCGGAACAAGUUCCGCGACCUGUAUCCGGGGGUGUAGGUGGCGGCGGUGACCACAAGAAAAGGCGGCGUCGCAAAGAGGACGACGAGGACCAGGAGUGA